AUGGGGAAACCUAUGGCCGAUUGGCCGUAUGGAGUUACUCUGAACGCAGUAAUAUCCAUCUUGACCUCGCUCAUGAAAGCGGCCAUGGCAUUUCCAAUCACAGAAGCUCUGUCUCAGCUCAGAUGGCCGUGGGUCAGCCAAGGGAACAAAUUGAGUGAUUUGGCGUUGUUAGAUGCAGCUAGUCGGGGUGCCAUCGGUGCCGCUUUGGUGUUGAUGCGGUAUAUCCCGAGGUACUUAGUGACGGUGGGAUGCUUCGUUCUUGUUGUUGCGGCGGCCAUCGCCCUGUUCGUCCAGCAAGUCAUCGCCAUCAACAUGCGACCCGUUCACUCUCGCAAUCCGUCUUCUAUCCAAAUCUGCAACACAAGCACCUACACCGACUAUGGUGAAGGUGCCGGCCCUGGGCAAAAUGAACCCCGGCUCCAGCUACCAGGAUACCUACAACUACAAGCUACCCAACAACCUGAUCUUCACCGCAUUAAUGAUGGGGAUGCGCCGCAUGAACGCCACAAACGGACUGGGCCUCCAACUCGAUCUAAAAAUCUUCCAAUCAUUAUAAACUUCACCGCGAUUAGUGCAGCCGGCUACGGAGUCCCACCACAAGUCAGCGCGACCGAAUGCGCCUUGUACUUCUGUAUUGACACGUACGAAGCGACCGUGAAGGACGGCGACUUCAACAAGCGACCCGUAUCCUCCGCGACCUUUUCCAAUCUCAGCUCAACCAGCGUUACCGAGAACUUCGCCCUGAUCCCGGAGACCUGCUAUGUAAACAGCACGCAAAGCAAAGGUCCCAGCCAGUGCACGUAUCCAGUGAACUGGCUCAGUCGACUAGCGCUUGUAAAUUCCCUGACGCCCCUCCUCAACGUACCAGGGGAGUUCUACAUGUCGAACCAGGUACCCUGGUCGUCAGACAUUGUCCACACUCUCUAUGGACAACAAGGGAAUCUAACCAAUAUCACCACCAUUUUCAAUUCUCUCACCUCGUCACUCACGACCCACGCCCGGGCCCAAGUUUGCAAAGCCACCGUCAAGGGAAUGACCAGGACCGUUGAGCCUUUUGUGAGCGUGCGCUGGCCAUGGAUGAUUCCACCUAUUGCGCUCGUCGCCAUGAGUAUUGUUUUCUUGGUGAUUACCAUUAUUAAGACAAGAAAUCAGUAUAUUUGGAAGUCGUCACCGUUAGCGCUUUUGUUCUCAGAUUUGGCGGUCGAGGCGACGCAUUCUUUUCGAACGAGUCCUAGUUUGAGUGGGAUGGGAGAGGCGUCGGGGAAGAUGAAGGUUUGGUUGGAAAUUACGCCUGAGGGAGUGAAGCUGAAGGGGAUUCCUCGGUAG